UCGGUCUGCAGAUAAACAGCGACUGAGUGGCACCAGUGAUGGGGCCUCAAAGGAUUCGGUUCCCCUCGGCACAGUGCCAGGACAGCAGAUCGCCUGGUCCGGAACAGGAUAGAGAGAAACGCUGGGCUGAGCUGUUCGAUCAGCUGGACCUCAACAAAGAUGGACGCAUCGACAUCCUUGAACUGCGGAUCGGGCUGGCAGGCAGAGGGAUAUCCAGAGCCUCCUUGGAGAGGUUGGUGGAGGAAGGGGACACUAACCGGGAUGGAGUACUGGACUUUGAAGAAUUCACCCAGUAUCUUCGCAUGCAUGAAAAAGAGCUCAAAAUUAUGUUUCGUAGCCUGGACAAGAACAACGAUGGUGAGAUUGAUGCAGCAGAGAUCCAGCACUCUCUAAAUGCCAUUGGUGUGAACAUUAGCCUCGAGGCUGCUACCAGGAUUUUACAAAGUAUGGACAAGGAUGGUACCAUGACCAUUGACUGGAUUGAGUGGCGUGACUACUUCCUGUUUAAACCCCUCACUGACAUGAAGGAUGUGGCACGCUACUGGAAACGAUCAAUGGUGAGGUUACACACCUUCAACAACCAAUAACAGCAUUGUGUGUCUUAAAAUAAUGACAUGGUUGGAUUGAAGGAUCAAUUGCUUGGGAUGUUGGAUACCGGUGAGCAGCUGUCAAUCCCAGAUGAAUUCUCGGAGGAGGAGAAGAAGUCUGGCUAUGUGUGGCGGCAGCUGAUGGCUGGAGCCUUGGCUGGAUCUGUAUCUCGGACUGGAACUGCCCCCUUAGACCGCCUCAAAGUUUUUCGGCAGGUUCAUGGUUCAUCUACUUUUAAAGGGAACGUGCUUAGCGGUUUUCAGUACAUGGUCAAAGAGGGAGGAGUGCGGUCAUUGUGGAGGGGAAAUGGAAUCAAUGUGCUUAAAAUUGCUCCUGAGACUGCUAUCAAGUUUACAGCUUAUGAAAAGAUCAAGUAUAUGAUUCGUGACAAUCAUGAAUCAAAAACUCUGAGGAUUCAUGAGAGGUUUGUUGCCGGAUCCUUGGCUGGGGCGAUAGCUCAGACAGCCGUCUAUCCAAUGGAGGUACUAAAGACUCGUCUCACACUAAGGAAAACGGGCCAAUACUCAGGAAUAAUAGACUGUGCCAAGCAGAUGCUGCAGAGGGAAGGGGUCAUGGCUUUCUAUAAGGGCUAUGUACCCAACUUGUUGGGUAUUGUCCCUUACGCUGGUAUCGACCUAGCUGUCUAUGAGACUCUGAAGUUUUCCUGGCUGAACAGGAACAAAGGUUUAGCCGACCCAGGAGUGAUGGUGCUGGUUGGCUGCGGUGCCAUCUCCAGCACCUGUGGACAGCUGGCAAGUUACCCACUGGCACUGAUCCGCACCAGAAUGCAAGCACAAGCUUUAGAAAAGGGGGCCCCUAGGCCGUCUUGGUGGGCCUUGAUUCACAACAUUGUGUCUAAGGAGGGGGUGGUCGGACUUUAUCGAGGAAUUUCCCCCAACUUGCUUAAAGUCAUCCCUGCUGUCAGCGUGUCAUACGUCGCCUACGAAUACACGAGGAUCGUCCUGGGAGUGGACGUUGAGGGUAGGAGGGGAGAGAGAGGGAAACGGUAGCAAAAAGGAUGGACGGUUUGGUGUGGCUUUUAACAACAAGCAUGCACAGAUCUGUUGGCAGUGCAUGAAGAAACGGGCCUCGACUGUCGAUGAAUACAUGGUCCUGUGAUCGUAAGUCCUGUGUUUUCAGAAUGAAGAUAAUGGGAUGGACAAUAAACCAUGGAGGGAAAGGAAAAAACGUUAUUGUGAAAACCUCACAUUUGGAUGACCUCAACUGACUUGGCAGCUGCUGUGAAGCGUUUCACAUGUGAUGUAUUGCAUUACAAUGCAUGUGUGAAAGCUAACCAAUAGUCUCCUGCUACUGCAUUUACUUGAACAGAUGGAGACUUGCAUGAACUUGCCUGAGAAGCAACAGGUAAAAGGUGAAAGCAAACUUGGAAGCCAUGUUACAUCCCUGACACAAGAGGAUUAUAUAACUUUGUUUUCCCUCACAGGUGAAAUGUAGAGAAGAUAGAGGACUGAUCAAUUUCCUGUUCUCUCAGUGAGGCAAUCAUGACAUCACUGCGCAACGGUGGAGUUACGGAGUGACAUGUCUUCAGAAAAUGUUACAAAUACUAAAGCACAGGAAUAAUCAUCAAACAACAGACAAUUGCUGAACAUAACUCUUGGAGUUGAAAUGGUGGAUGGUGAAAAGAAUAAUAGGCACUGUCAAUCAUCUCUUUCCUCGUAGGGUUAUUACUGAGUAUAGCACACCAAAGGAGUUCAUAUUUAUACAGGCUGCCAAAGCCAUGUCUAGACGCACAAAAGGCUCAUUUUUAUGAGCAUUGCUGAGAAGAGUGUUUGUGUUAUCUUUUAAAAACACUACAGUGUCCAGUGCCACAUAGUAUUUUCAUUAACUAUAUUUGAACAAUGUACAGGUUUAACACUAUGAGUUCACUUGAUCUGUAUCAAGAAACAAUAAGAA